UUUAUUUUUAAUGUGUAGGGGAAAUGGGUGAAAAAAGCAUGAUUGAUACCAAACAUAUUUUGCAUCCAGGUGAACGUGUCUGAAGUGUUUACAUAAUAUUUACCUCACAUACAAUAUGAGAGAUCAUUGCAGAAAGGUCUUGUUUUUUCGACAAAUAAUCUUAACUGUGAUUACAGUUUUUACAGAUAUAUCUGUGUUGUAAGAGGUUUGGAACUCGAAACGUGCAUGUGUUUAGUAAAUGGAGAUUUAUUGCAUUGAACGCGGUGUUAGAGAAACAAGUCAUUUUGUUUGCGCUGUCUUUUCCUUUAAGAACGACUCCGCUCACGUGCUGCAGCGCCACAGGUUUCCUACCUGUUCCUGCGUAAACAGCGGUGAGCUCGCGCACGGCGGCGCGGGCUCGGGAAACGCGCGAGAGGCGCUGGUGUGGCGCUGGUGUGGCCCCGCCCACCUUCCCGAGCCGCACUCACAGUUCGCACGUUUCUGCGGCGUGUAACGCGUCGCGUCUCGAACAGCGGCGAGAAACCCCGAAGACUCCCUCAGCUUCUCUGCGAGUUCUCCAAACGCGGGUGUCGAACAUGCUGGACCCGUCCUCCAGCGACGAAUCCGAGGCCGAAGUUCCACCAGAGAGCGAAGCUGCGGCCAAAACUCCGAGUGAAAAACUCCCGGAGAAAAUCGCCAAGUCGGAAAAAACCGAGAAGACCUCGGGAGGUGUGCGGACGCAGCAGGGCAAGAAGGCAGUUCCUCCUCCUGCGCCGGAGGACGAGAAGAAAAACGAAAAGGAAAGAUUUCAGAGAGAAGAAGCGGAAAGGAAAAACAGACUGCAGAUGUAUGUGUUUGUACUGAGGUGCAUAGCGUAUCCGUUCAAUGCCAAACAGCCGACGGACAUGGCACGGAGACAGCAGAAGCUCAACAAACAGCAGCUGCAGGCAGUAAAGGAGAGAUUUCAGGCCUUCCUCAAAGGAGAGACGCAGAUAGUUGCUGACGAAGCGUUCUGCAACGCUGUGCGCAGUUACUACGAGGGUUUUCUCAAGAGUGAGCGCGUGACACGGAUGGUGCAGAGCGGAGGCUGCUCAGCCAGCGAUUUCCGCGAGGUCUUCAAGAAGAACAUUGAACGCCGCGUACGCAGCCUACCUGAGAUCGACGGUUUGAGCAAAGAGACCGUGCUGAGCUCCUGGAUCACCAAAUAUGACGCCAUUUUUAAGGGAGAGGAAGACCAGCGGCGGUCACAGGGACGCAUGCCCUUUAGCGCCGUGUCUGAGCUUAUCCUCAGUAAGGAGCAGCUCUAUGAGAUGUUUCAGCAGAUACUUGGCAUCAAGAAAUUUGAGCACCAGCUGCUCUACAACGCAUGUCAGCUCGACAAUGUUGAUGAACAGGCAGCACAGAUCCGCCGAGAAUUGGACGGAAGACUGCAGCUCACUGACAGAAUCGCCAGAGAAAGGAAGUUUCCUAAGUUCAUAUCCAAGGACAUGGAGAUGAUAUAUGUGGAGGAGCUGAGGUCCUCGAUCAACCUUCUAAUGGCAAACCUGGAGAGCCUUCCUGUAGCCAAAGACUUGAAGCCCAAAAUCAAGCCAAAACUGACCCCCAUGAACAGCUUUCUGGAUAUAGGAGAUGAGAAUGAUCUGCCACUCUGCAAAUCAGAUGUAGUGCUGUCCUUCACCCUGGAGAUUGUGAUCAUGGAGGUACAGGGACUGAAGUCAGUGGCACCUAACAGAAUCGUCUAUUGCACCAUGGAAGUAGAAGGAGGAGAGAAACUUCAGACAGACCAGGCUGAGGCCUCAAGACCACAAUGGGGCACACAAGGAGACUUUACCACCACUCACCCACUACCUGUGGUCAAAGUGAAACUGUUUACUGAGAGCACUGGAGUCCUGGCUUUGGAGGACAAGGAGCUGGGCAGGGUGGUACUGAACCCAACAACAAAUGGGCCCAAAGCCACAGAGCUGCAUAAGAUGAUCAUCCCAAAAAACAGCCAAGACACAGACCUAAAGAUUAAACUGGCUGUGCGUAUGGACAAACCACCAAACAUGAAGCACAGUGGGUACCUCUAUGCAUUAGGGCAGAGACUGUGGAAACGAUGGAAGAGGCGAUAUUUUGUUCUUGUUCAGGUCAGUCAGUACACAUUCGCCAUGUGCAGCUACCGAGAGAAGAAAUCAGAGCCACAUGAGCUCAUGCAGCUGGAUGGAUAUACGGUGGACUAUUCUGAUCCACAGCCUGGUCUUCAGGGUGGCCAAGUCUUUUUUAGUGCGGUAAAGGAGGGAGAUUUGGUGAUAUUUGCAACGAAUGAUGAACAGGACCGAACUCUUUGGGUGCAGGCGAUGUACCGUGCUACAGGCCAGUCCUACAAACCAGUACCUCCUGCCCAGAACCAGCAGCACAACUGCAGGGGGGGGAAUAUCCAGAAAGAGCCCCCUGCUUCAUUACUCAGUUUGGAGAGGGCAGGAGUCGAGGAGCUCAUCUCUGCCGUUCCCUGCAGCUUCGAUCACGCCAGCCUGUUCGAAAAGCUGCAAAAACACACACUCCUACACCGCAUGAACGACUCCUUCUCCUGCCUGGGAUGGUUCAGCCCAGGCCAGGUGUUCGUUUUGGAUGAAUACUGUGCUCGGUAUGGCGUGAGAGGCUGCCACCGCCACCUCUGUUACCUGAAGGGCCUGAUGGAAUUCUCCGAGAACAAUGCGCUAGUGGACCCCACCCUACUCCAUUACAGCUACGCCUUCUGCGCUUCUCAUGUCCAUGGGAACAGGCCUGAUGGAAUGGGUACCAUCACAGAGGACGAACAGGAGGAGUUUGAAGAGAUAAGGGUCAGGCUGCUGACACUGCUAGAGAAUCAGAUAACUCAUUUCAGAUACUGUUUUCCAUUUGGACGCCCAGAGGGGGCUUUAAAAGCCACACUGUCACUUCUAGAACGGGUUCUUAUGAAAGACAUCACCAUACCAGUUCCUGCUGAGGAGAUGAAGAAAAUUGUGCAGAAAUGUUUGGAAAAGGCUGCACUCAUGAACUACACCCAGCUGACUGACUACGCCCAGUUUGAAGCCGACUGCCCUCAGGUCCCUCCAGAGAAGAGGCUAGAAGACAUGAUGCGACUGGGGGAACUGUGCAUGGAGGUGCUUCAGCAGAAUGACGAACAUCAUUCUGAGGGAAGAGAGGCUUUCUCCUGGUGGCCUGAGGCAAUGGCAGAGCAUGCUGAGACGUUCUUGUCUCUCUACACAGUAGACAUGGAUGCAGCUCUGGCAGUGCAGCCACAGGACUCAUGGGACAGCUUCCCUCUUUUUCAGCUGCUCAACAAUUUCUUACGUACUGAUCCUCACUUGUGCAAUGGAACAUUCCACAAGCAUCUGCAGGAGCUCUACAUACCUCUGGUAGUUCGCUAUAUUGAUCUGAUGGAGUCAUCCAUUGCCCAGUCUGUCCAUCAUGGCUUUGAGCAAGAGACCUGGCAGUCUGUCAAGACUAUAACCAACAAUCUGCCAAGUGUGCCUUUGCCUAAAGUUCCCAACCUGCCCCUCAAUCUUCCUCAGAUGCCCAGCUUCUCCACCCCCUCCUGGAUUGGACCACUAUGUGAUAACACAAACGGCUCAGCAACAUCAGAGGACCUGUUCUGGAAGCUGGACGCGCUCCAGAUGUUUGUAAUGGACCUACACUGGCCAGAGCCUGAGUUCGCCAGACAUCUGGAGCAAAGGCUGAAGCUUAUGGCUAGUGACAUGAUGGAGGCCUGUGUCAAAAGGACCAAAGCAGCGUUUGAUAUUAAGAUGCAGAAGUCAAGUAAAUCUACUGACUUCAGGGUGCCUUUGUCCAUCUGUACCAUGUUCAACAUUCUUAUGGAUGCUAAGAAACAGUACUAUAAGCUGUGUAUUCUCGACCAAGGACAAGAGAUGGACCAGCAGUGGCAACAGUACCAUUCUAAAAUUGAUGUGCAGAUCGAUGAGGCCUUUAAAGAAAUGAUCUCCUGCCUGGUUUCAAAGUUCGCUGCUGUUUUGGACGGUGUAUUGUCCAAGCUUUCACGAUAUGAUGAAGGAACAUUUUUUUCUUCAAUCCUUUCUUUUACUGUAAAAGCAGCAGCCAAGUAUGUGGACGUCCCAAAACCUGGCAUGGAUCUAGCAGACACCUACAUUACAUUUGUGAGGCAAAACCAGGACAUCCUCAGAGACCGUGUGAAUGAUGAGAUGUACACAGAGAAAAUCUUUGACCAAUGGUACAACACAUCCAUAAAGGCAGUGUGUGUUUGGUUAACGGACAGACUGGAUCUGCAGCUCCACGUCUAUCAGCUCAAAACCCUCAUCAGGAUAGUCAAGAAGUCCUACCGUGACUUCAGGCUGCAGGGUGUCCUAGACAGCACCUUGAACAACAAGAACUACGAGACAAUCUACAAUCGGCUCACUAUAGAGGAGGCCACGGCCGCGGUGUCUGCGGGAGACGGACUGCAGGGCAUCAGCAUGAGAGACAGUGAUGAAGAAGAGGGUUAACUUCAUUUCAUCACCCUCAGAUUCAUCACCCUGGAUCAUGUUCGAUGGUUAUAUAAAACACUUCACAAAAGGAAGCAAGCUAAAACUAUUCCUGUCUGUUACAGAACCUCUGUCCAAGCAUAACUAUACUGUUGUUACUGUGUGCUUGUACAAUAUAGUUCCCUGUCCACCUGCUGAUGGCUCACAUGUCUGUAUGUUUGUUAUAUUUCAUUUAAUAUUCAGUGAUUUGGUUAAUCGAUGUCCAACAAAGCUGGCUAUGACUGUGAACACUAGAGGUGCUGCUGCUGAUGACUACAUGUAAAAACCUGAACAAAUGCAUAAAACAAUCAAAACUGAUUUGUCUAUGGAUCUUAUCUUUGGUAUAAAUAGGACCACAUGUAAGGAAGUGCUUAUCUGUGCUGUACACUGUGGUAUGAAGAUUGCACAUGCAGUUCAAAUGUCUGGAACAGAAAUAACAUGCUAGCGUCCAGUGUUCUUUGUUAUGAACUUCACUUCUUCUAUAGAAUUAACAAUGAGUUGUGUUAACUGCCUACGUCCUGUAUGAUGAUGUUGCCUGGUUAUGUUUUACUUGAGAGUAAAUACUGUAUGUCACCUAAUUGUAAGGGGAACUUGUGCGUGUGUGUGUGUGUGUGUGUGUGUGCGUGUGAGAGAAAGAGAGACAUUUCUAUUGUAUUUUGUGCACCUGAGUUUGAACAGGUGUGUUUGAAAUGUUAUCAUUAAAAGUGUUUUUAAUGUUAA